AUGGAUAACGGACUGUCCAGAAGACAUGAAAUCUCAGAGCUUCUGCAACUAGUUGACAGCACGACGACCAGAGCAUUCCAAACAUCUUGUGGAAGCCCGAAGUCUCACUGUCGUGAUGACAGCAAGCCCUUGAAGCGGUAUGAAGAGCUUUUCGGCCGCUUCUCAGCAGAAGGUCUCGGAACUGCUGGCUUCAAAGACGCCAUCGAUCUCAUCAGCCGCAAUUCAGUCGACAAUGCAUCACCUUCUUUUCUGGGGAAACUCGUUUCGGCCCCUUCAGCACCUGGUAUUGCUGCAGAUUUGUUCCUGUCAAUCUUGAACAACAACGGACAUGUUCAGCGAGCAGGCCCAGCUCUCACAGCGAUUGAGAAGUAUACCAGUCUUGAGUUGGCCAAGCUUUUUGACCUCCGAGGCCCACAUGCAGGAGGCGUAACAGUUCCUGGUGGAGCUGCUGGAAAUCUCAUGGCCAUGCUUGUUGCGCGAAAUAUUAUUGCUCCAGAGUCAAAGCAACGAGGUCUUACCCCUGGCGAGUAUGCUGUCUUUGUUUCGGAAACCGCACACUAUUCAGUCUCCAACUCGGCUAAUGUCAUUGGGCUUGGAAAUGACACUAUUGUCCGUAUUCCUGCACUGGAUGAUGGGACCAUGGAUCCCGAUGCCCUUCAGCGUGCUGUCGAACAAGCCACUAAGGUUGGUAAGAAACCACUGCUGGUUGCAGCUACUUCUGGAAGUACGGUCAACGGUGCCUUUGAUCCCCUCGACAAGAUUGGUGAGAUCGCACGCAAAGUUGGGGCUUGGUUCCACGUUGAUGCUUGCUGGGGAGGAGGUGUUGUGUUUUCCGAGAAGUUGAAGCAUUUGAUGAAGGGUAGUCAUCUUGCGGAUUCCAUCGCUUUCAACCCUCACAAGCUGCUUGGAGUUCCACUUGUGUGUGCAUUCCUCUUAGUGAAUGACUUACGAACUCUGUGGUUGGCCAACAAACUCAACGCCGGUUAUCUGUUCCACGAUGAUGCCCCCAAGAAGAACACGGACAGUUCUGGAGAUGGUGGAAGUGCGGAAAAGAAAGAUUGGAGACAGUCGAAGCUUCUUGAUACCGUGCCUGACGUUCGCAGAAUCAACGAUCUCGCUUCAUUGACUAUCCAGUGUUCUCGCCGACACGACGCGACCAAGAUGUUUCUUCAUUGGCUUUACUACGGCACAGCAGGUAUUGCCCGAGAGGUUGAGCAAGCAGUCGAUAGUUCCAAGCACCUUGCCUGUCUUGUGAGAGAUCAUCCUCGCUUUGAGCUAAUCUGGCAGCCUGAAGAGGUGUUCGCCCAAGUUUGCUUCUACUGGAAGUCAGCGUCCACUGUGGACAAGUCUGGACAGGAUUUGGCAGACAUCAACAGUCGCAAUACGCGAGCACUGUUCCAGGGAAUCGAGGAGAUGGGUUGGAAGGUUGACUUUGCUCCUGGCAAGGCCAAAGGAGAGUUUCUUCGCAUUGCUUGUAACCGUUUGACUACGCGUCAGACGGUUGAGAAGAUAGUUUCGGAACUGGUUGAGUUGGGAGAAUCUCUCGGUCUGUAG